UUUCCUGACUUUACCCCAUCUUUUACUCCAUCUUCUUUACCAAUCUCUAUAAACCUGUAAACAAUAUUAAGGAUAUUAAAAGAACUAAAAAUUAUAAAUAUCAGCAAAAUAUAAACUAACAUUGAUUCAAGAUUUACUAAAUCAUCAAGAUCUAAUUCUGUUUUAAGUUGUUGCUCCAUGGUUUUAAAAAAGCGAGUUAACAUCUAUAAAAUGGCCAUUUAUCAUGUAAACCUUGUGAAAUAUGACGAUCAUUAAUGGUCGCACGAGAUCACAUGACACGAAAAUAUUUAUAUAUGGGAACGACCGACGGGAACGUGCAUGAAGUAUAUAUAGAACCUUUUUUUUUUUACAACACCUUUUAUGACAAAAAAAUGUCUCAACAAAGAAUGAAUUAUCCUAGUGGUGGGACCUCACAAAAUGUGAUAAACAUUGAUAAUAUUGAAGUUGUUAGAUCAAGAAUGAUACAAGUUAAUGAUGCUCAAUCAGAAUUUUUAGCGAAUUUAUCUGCUUCGGAUGAUCCUACUUCACUUAAUUGGAUUACCUUUUUGAACAAAAUUAAUACGUUUUUAUCAAAACACACCGGUUUAUCGAAUACUUUUAUUGAAUCAACAUUACGUAAAAUAAUGUUAUAUCCAAAGGAAGCUCCUCCUGUUGAAUUAGAACAAAUAUUUAAUACUUUAUUGCGUACAAAACAAAUUCCUGAAAUUGAAAAUUUAGAACAAGAAAUUAAACAGGAAAUUUCUAUACAAGAAAAUUUAUUAAAUUUGGAAUUAGAACUUAAAAAAAAUUUAAAUGAUAUUGACGAUGAUAAUAAGUGGGAUAAAUUGUUCGAUGAGUGGGAUAAAAGAUAUAAAGAACAUGAUUAUAUUGCUUCUCAAUCUUCUAUAAUUUGUGAAAAUAUAUUGGGUGAUAAUAAUAAUCUUAAAAGAAGAUUAGAGGAUACUAUUGAUCUAGAUAAAGAGUCACGUGAUGAUGUGGAAAAUGUUGAGGAUUUAACUAUAGAAAAAGUUUUAGCUUUCAUGUCAAGUGGAAUUCAAGAAGGAAAAGGUCCAAUUCCAUUUAAAUAAAUCAACAUUUUUUAUUUUAUACUCAAAUAACUUUGUAAUAGCAAAUAAUAAGGAAUUGAUUAGAAAUAACUGCAAAUUAUUAAUCUAGCAUUUUUUUUCAUUUAUUAUUUUAAUUAAUAAUUAUUAUUAUUAUCACUAUUAUAAUAUAAAUUAUUAUUAAUAUUUACAUGUAGGGAAGUCUAGCACAAAUAUAUACAAA